AUGUCGUCCAUCACUACCGCGGGAGAGGCAGUCGCCCGUGUUGCCUACCUCUCGUCCGACGCAAUCGUUUCGGUGGUGCCAUCCCUGGCCUCCGAGUCCGAGUUCAGCCACUUCCUAAAGCAAUAUGCUGCCAACAAGGCAUCUUCAGUGGUUUGCCGCGAUGUACCUGAGGUGCUCUCAGUACGCGCCAAUGCCGAUCCUUUGCUAGAUGUAUACCACAGAGUGCGCAGUGGAAAGAUCACCACGGUCACCACUGCGAGUAGUGUGCUCGUCAAGAGCAUCCCUCACCUCUACCGCCUGGCACAGCAUCCUGUGGUCAUCCACGUUGCAUUACACCCUACUGGAUUCCCCGACUACGGCGACAUUACGAGCAUCCGCAAUACAGGCUUCACCUUCCUGCAGAGCUCUUCUCUCCAGGAGGCACAGGAUUUGGCCUUGACUGCACACGCAUUGGCCAUCCGUAGCGGGCGUGGUGUUAUUCACUUCUUCGACGCCGCCAACAGCCAGCAUGAUCAGCCCAUUGYACACGAGAGCAGGGAUGUGGUGGCGAGCACGCUGAGCGUCGAAGGUGCGAGGCAGUACCAGACAAGUACCAGCGAAGAGUCGAGCAUAUACGUCAGCGAGGGCCUCCCUUCAAGACAGUCGGGAGUGGCGUUGAACAGCGGCAAUGCAGUCAACACAGCGCUUCAGUCCACAGCAGUUUCUGCGGCUGCGACUCGUGAGCCAUCUACUGCAUCUGAGGCAUCAUCGGAUCGUAAAAACAGCAGCUCAGGUGCCUCCGAGGCCGAGUYCGCGACCACUGUCGACUCUCAGUCUUCAGCUAGGCCUAUCAGCUCGGCAGACAUCGACGACUUCUGUACCAGUAUCUGGGCGCAGAUACAAUCCCAGACCGGGAGACAAUAUUCCGCAUUCAACUACACUGGCAAGCCAGAUGCAGAGAAUGCACUCUUCCUGUUUGGUAGCGACCCCGGCCUCUUCAGCGCGGAGCUCRACUCUGCAACUCCUUCAGACUUUUUUUCCCGUGUUGGACUGAUAACACCCGUUCUCUACCGACCUUGGCUCACCGAACGCCUCGUCGCAGACCUGCCCAAAAGCAUCAAGCGAAUCGCGGUCCUUGAGCAGAUCAAGCGCAAGACGACCAAAUGGGGGCCCAUCCUUCUCGAUCUGCUGAUGUCUUUGAAGUCUGCAGAUGGAAGUGCGGCUCCGCAGAUCGUUGGCUACCAGCUUGGACACCUCGAGCAUUCCACCAUCACUCAAGCCUUGAGCGGUAUCUYCCAGAACUUGACCUCCGAGUCACCGAUCCAGAAUCUCGAAAUCGGCGCACACGACGGCCCGAGUGCAUCGCCUGGGAAAGAGCAUGCGCUUUCGCAACCUGCAUUGGAAAAUGCAUACAUGAAGAUUUUGGAUCAGUUAUUCGGGGAGAAGUUGUAUGUUGCAAAUGCACUCAAGGCCAACAAUGCUGGGAUCAGCGACAGUAUCAAAGCAAGUCCCGAGUUCGGAUUUGGCUCGCUGCUGGCUAGGAAAGAGCACCGCAAGCGCUUCAUCUCCGAAGUCGAGGCCGCAGCCAAGACAAAGGACUUCACAACGGACGCUCCUCAGAAGUGGCUUUCACAGUGGGCACUUGUUGCGGAGGAGGCCGAGAAGGUCAACAAGAUUGCACCUGAUGUCGUCUCGCGACUUGCCACUGAUGGCUCCUCUGCAGCAUCCAAGCUGCUCAGCUCCAAGGGAUUGUUCUACAAGGAGUCACAGUGGUUGGUCGGAAGUGAUGCAUGGAGCUACGAUCUGGGAAACAGCGGUGUUCACCACGUUCUUGCCAGUGGCGAGAAUGUCAACCUCCUCAUUAUUGAUUCCACCCCGUACAGCGAGCGCAUGGCGGCCGACGCUGCGCGAAGGAAGAAGGAUAUUGGUCUGUACGCCAUGAAUUUCGGCAACGCAUACGUUGCCAGCACUGCCGUCUACAGCAGUUACACCCAAGUUUUGCAGGCAAUGCUAGAGGCUGAGCAGUUCAAUGGUCCGUCUGUUGUUCUUGCGUACCUGCCUUAUCAGCAGGAGAAUGACAACCCAAUCAAGGUUCUGCAGGAAACCAAGAAGGCCGUCGAUCUUGGAUAUUGGCCACUAUAUCGCUGGGACCCCAGGGCUGAGGAGAAGAACGAGGAAUGCUUCAAGCUUGACUCGGAGCGCAUCAAGGAAGAGCUGAAGGAGUUCCUCAAGAGAGACAACCAUCUAACUCAGCUCAUGAGGCGGCAUCCUCAGUUCCACGCCAACCUGUCAGAAUCGUAUGGUUCGGAGGUGCGGAAGAUCCAAAAGAGGAAGGCCAAGGAUGCAUACGAAGUUCUUCUUGAGGGACUUCAGGGUGCACCCUUGACUGUGCUCUUCGCAUCGGACGGCGGCAAUGCAGAAAAUCUGUCAAAGAGACUAGCAAAGCGUGGUAAAGCUCGUGGUCUCAAGACAAUUGCAAUGGCAAUGGACGACUAUCCUCUGGAAGACCUAUCCACCGAGGAAAAUGUCGUUCUCGUCACUGCCACAGCUGGUCAGGGAGAGUUUCCUCAGAACGGUCGUAACUUCUGGGAAGGCCUCAAGAACUCCGUGGAUAUUGACCUCGCAGGUGUGAACUUCUCGGUCUUUGCACUUGGUGAUUCCCACUACUGGCCACGAAAGGCCGACAAGCACUACUACAACAAGCCUGGUAAAGACCUCUUCGCGCGAUUGGAAACCCUAGGUGGCAAGGCCCUUGUAGCGUGCGGCAUGGGUGACGACCAGGAUCCAGAUGGGUAUCAGACUGGCUAUGCCGAGUGGGAGCCGAAGCUGUGGGAGGUUCUUGGCGUCGACAAUGUCAGCGGCCUUCCAGAUGAGCCGCCACCAAUGACCAACGAAGAUAUCAAGAUUCAGUCCAACUUCCUCCGUGGCACUAUCGCCGAGGGCCUCCUGGAUGAAUCCACUGGAGCUAUCAGCGCGGCCGAUCAGCAGCUCACCAAGUUCCACGGUACAUACAUGCAGGACGACCGUGAUCUACGAGACGAGCGCAAGGCCCAGGGUCUGGAGCCAGCAUACAGCUUCAUGAUUCGAUGCCGACUGCCCGGUGGUGUGUCCACUGCGAAGCAGUGGGUGCAAAUGGACGACAUCUCCAACGAGCUUGGCAAUGAGACCAUGAAGCUCACUACCCGUCAGACCUUCCAGUUCCAUGGUGUUGUGAAGGGUAAGCUGAAGCCGGCUAUGCAAGCCAUCAACCGCUCGUUGAUGACUACCAUUGCCGCUUGUGGUGAUGUCAACCGAAACGUCAUGUGCAGCUCUCUCCCGGAGAUGAGCGCUCUACAUGCUCAGGCUCAGGAAGCUGCACAGCGUAUUUCCGACCACCUUCUCCCCAGCACAAACGCAUAUCAUGAGAUUUGGCUCAAGGAGGACGGCGAGAAGGACGUCAAGAUCGCUGGAGAUGCCGUUCAGGACUUGGAGCCCUUGUACGGCCCAACCUACCUUCCUCGUAAAUUCAAGAUCACGAUCGCUGUACCACCGCACAACGACACCGACGUGUACGCACAUGACAUUGGUCUCAUCGCCAUUCGCGACGACAAGGGCGAGCUCGCCGGUUUCAACGUGCUAGCAGGAGGUGGCAUGGGUGCCACUCACAACAUGAAGAAGACCUACCCCCAGAUUGGUCGCAUGUUCGGAUACUGCGACAAGAAGGAUGUGCACAUUGCGUGUGAGAAGAUCAUGCUUGUCCAGCGCGACAACGGUGAUCGCAAGAACCGCAAGCAUGCCCGUCUGAAGUACACCAUCGACGACAUGGGUGUCGAUGUCUUCAGAUCAGCUGUGGAGGAACUAUGGGGGAAGAAAUUCGAGCCCGAGCGUCCAUUUGAGUUCAAGUCCAACGUCGACACUUUUGGCUGGUUGAAGGAUGAGAAGGGCAUGAAUCACUUUACCCUGUUCAUUGAGAACGGUCGCAUCGAAGACACGGCAGAAUUCCCCAUGAAGACUGGUCUUCGAGAGAUUGCCAAGGUGCACAAGGGUGAGUUCCGACUCACAGGUAACCAGCAUCUCAUCCUCUCCAACGUCGCCGAUGAAGACCUCGACACCAUGAAGCAGAUGAUGAAGAAGUACAAGCUCGACAACGUCAACUUCUCUGGUCUCCGCUUGAGUUCCAGCGCCUGUGUGGCGUUCCCAACCUGUGGUCUCGCAAUGGCUGAAUCCGAGCGAUACCUUCCAGUGCUUGUCAGUAAGCUCGAGGGCGUGCUUGAGGAGAACGGACUUGGCAAGGAGUCCAUUGUGAUGCGUAUGACUGGAUGUCCCAACGGAUGUGCACGACCUUGGUUGGCCGAGGUUGCAUUCGUUGGCAAGGCUUUUGGAGCUUACAACAUGUACCUUGGAGGAGGAUAUCACGGCAACAGACUGAACAAGCUCUACAGAAGCUCGAUCAAAGAAGAAGAGAUUCUGGAGAUCAUGAAGCCUCUGUUCAAGAGAUAUGCGCUUGAGAGGAACGAGGGAGAGAGGUUCGGYGACUUUGUGAUUCGUAAGGAGAUCAUUGUCAAGACUACUGAGGGACGCGACUUCCACGAUAACACCGCGGAGGUUGAGGAGGAUGAUGAGUAA